AUGACUUAUGGUGAGAAGCCAGAAGCCCAUCCUGAUGGCAGCCCGGUAGUGGCGGCUUAUAAGGCCAACUUUGUACCACCACUACGCCAACGACGUCAUGGGUUGGGCUGGCCUGCCAUUCUCAACCAGACACCAUUCCCCACUUGGGACUUAGCAUGCCUAGAUCGCUCGCGCAUCACCAAGCAAAAAGUGCCUGAAGAAUCAAAAGUAGAUGGGCCAGCUUCGCCGGAGCGUCAUCCAGAUCAUACAGCAGCUGUAUCACUUCUUUUCCAUCUCCCGAAGAGCAAGGCAACUGAACUGAAGCAGCUGGCAACGCCCAGCGAUGGCUCGUGGAUCUCAGCCUAUGACGCUUUCUCAGCUUUCAUCUGGCGUACACUUUCGCGACUCCGUGCCCCGGUCUUCAAGCCUGACAUGUCAUCCAACAUAUUCUGGGCCGAGAAGGUUAGUGGGUUAUAA